GAUUAUUGAAAAGUAAUUGAUUGUGUCAGGUCACCGUAAAGCAUGCACGUACCAGAACUAAAGAUGAAGACGACUUCCCUUGUAAAAAAUGCGGACAUGGUGAUCAUCCUGAAUGGAUUCUGAUGUGUGAUGACUGUGAUGCUGGUUGGCAUGCGUCCUGUCUGCGUCCUUCUCUCAUGGUUAUACCAGAGGGAGAUUGGUUCUGCCCAGACUGCAGUCAUAGAUCUUUAGUAACAGCUCUUGAAGAUAGACUAGGGGAACUAGAUGCUAUUAUCAAGAAAGCUGAAGCUGAAGCUAGAAGAAAAGAACGAUUAGCUUUUGUAAACAAAAGUCUGAGCAAAUCUUUACCAACCUCUCCGAACAAGAAACCGCACGAAAAGAAACCUUAUAUAUCCAGUGAAUCCUCCUCCAGCUCCGACAGUGAAGAUGAACCUAUGAUGAUGAGAAAGUGUAGAACGGGAACAGUGAAAUAUAAUACUGAAGAGUAUGAUGAGGUGAUGAGGAAAGCAAUUGCUACUGAUGGAAAAACUCCUUUACCAAAAGAAAUUUCUUCGGAGCCUGAGGAGAGCGAGGAGGAGGAAGAGGAGAAGGAUAGUCCUGGCAAACCUAGAUCAGGCCAGGGCAGGGGGAAGGAUAUCGGGAACGGAGAAAGUGAAGAGGAUGAAGAGGAGGAGGAGGGAGAACCCGGAGUACCUAAACCUAUUAAAAUGAAAAUAAAUAAAGAUGUCGCCGGAAAGAAGGGAAGUGGUGGGAAUAAAAAGAAAAAGAAGAAAAGGAUAACAGACCUAAAUGCUAGUGAUGAUAGUGGGGAUGGGGACAGUGGGAGUGAUUUUGUACUUUCUAAAAGUGAAAGUGAAGAGGAAGAAAUAAACGAUGCUGUAUCAGAAAGUGACAGCGAUUUCGGUGGUAGACGUAAAAAACGACAAGUGCCGACGCGACGGUCGACGCGAAUGCGGCGAACUAAGUCCGACGACGAUUUUGUGGUUGAUGGAAGUGAUUCCGAUGAUUAUAAGCCAAAAAAAAAACGGCGGCGAUAUGAUUCCGACGAUUCUGUCUCAUCAGAUUACGGCAGGAAAAAGAAGAAGAAGGGCCGAGGACAGAGGACCAAGAGUAAUUUUGGCGGACGUAAAAAGGUUCGUCGACGGGAUUCUGACGACUCAGAAUACGAUCGCCCUAAAAAGAAGAAAAAGAAACCAGUUUGUGAGAUAGACACAAGUAAUAUCGUCGAUACGGGGAGUGGCCGACGAACCCGUGGGGUGAAUAUUGACUACUCCUUGCUGGCUGGCAGCUCGGAGGAGGACACGGAGAAGGUGAAGGGAAAGGGGAAAGGUCCAAGAAAGUACAGUGAUACAGAAGAUGAGUUUAAACCUGAGAAGAGUUAUGAGGAGCUUGUCGAGGAGGAGGAGGAGGAGGAAGAGGAGGUGGAGGAUAAUGCUAGCGAGGAUUCUUCAGAUAAGGAUUCUGUGAAGAAAAGGAAAUCCAGGAAAGUAGAAUCUGACGAAUCAGAAGAAGAAGAAACUAAGAAGAAAAAGCUGAAGAAGAAGGGUGUCUCUGACAGUGAGGAAGAGGAAGAAGAAUCGGAUGAUGAGACAAAGAAAGGUCCGAAAAAGAAGAAGAAAGAAGAUUCUGAAAGCGAGGAAGCUGGAUCUGAAGAGGAUGAAAAACUAAGAAAGAAAAUAGUUGCAAAACCAAAGGUUGUAAAAUCUCCGGCAAAAAAAUCUCCACAGAAGAAGAAACCUGAAAUUUCCUCCGAAGAUGAAGAUGAGGACGAGGACGAAGAUGAAGAGAAGGAGGAUAAAGAUGAGGAGGAGAAGGAAGAAAGCAGCUCCAAGACUACUAAGGAACCUGAACCGAAGAAAGCUGAAUCCGCGGCGAAACCCUCCACUCUCACUAGUGAUGAUCCCCUCGCCACGGCUGAGGCAGAGGGAUCAGAUUCGGAGGGAUUUCAGUCCCCCGCAACUCCCUCCGAAGAUGAGGAUGAAUGAUUUUUGAAAAAUAGCAACCCUGACAAAUCAUUGAUGUAUUGUAUGAUAAUAUAUUAAUCUGCUGUAGAGUAUUGGAAAAGGAGAUUUUACAACAUGAUGCAGUAUUUUCUGUUCUUGAGUUAACAAUAAAUAUUAGUAUUACAGA